UCUCCAAAAGAGACGCUCCAAAAUAGCCUCCUAAUUUCGGAGACAAGGAAUCGUUCCUAAACGCUAAGAUUUAUGGAGAAGACAAGGAAUUUUCCGAAACUAAGAACAGGCAGCAUCUAAAAACCAGGUUUGAUGGGCACUUUUAAUACACUGGUCCACCAGCGUCUACCAGCAUCCUACGUGUUUCGACGUUACCUGGCCACGCAGUACAAGUCGCGCAUAGUGGUUUGGCCUGCUCGAGACACCACUGUCCAUGAAGCAUGCAGCAGCAGCCCGUUUGCCUCGUUGUCCUUGCCUUGUCUGUUGCUUUGCCAUCGGUGAAGCUGGGUCGUCACCAUACAAGGCAACAACAACAGCAAGAAAGCAAUCGAGGCUAAGAAUAAGCACAGUCAAGGGACAUACACAUACUAGUACUAGCUAGUAGAGUAGUCACUGUUACCAUUACGCAACAAGCAAGACAACAACUGUACAAGAAGCAAGGCAACAACAGCCACAACUGUAGUUCUUGUGAAUGAAGUCUCGGUGAUCGAUUCGGCUUUGGUCACCUCUCGUGAAAACUCGAAAAAGGAACCGGCACGCACACCACAAAAGGAACCCCAUUACCUGGUGGUGCAGUAGUAUCCACUACCGAUACAGUACAGUACCAGUGCUUCAAUCCACUGUACUGCAACAACACAACACAACAUAACAGCCACGAAAGCAACAAGACAGAGCCAACAAGAUGACUCACGAAGCCGACACAACCAACUUUUCCAUGUCUUUAGUAGACGACGCAGCGGAAGCCGCUUUCAUGGCAGCGGCCAACAAGAUGCCUCGAGGGAGCGCCCACAGCUUAUCGCGUGGUGCUAGUAGUCGCACAGAGCGAGAGAUUCGAAUGAGUUUCGGACGUUGGUCUCUGGGCGACAAACUCGAAUGGGAGUGUCAGUCCUGCACCUUUCUCAACCAACCGCUCUUUUUGAGCUGUGAAAUGUGCGGUCAAGCCAGACCAGCUCACGAAGGUCCUCCGCAUCCAGGAGGUACCGUUGUAACGACGACGACGAGUGCUCCUGUUGAGGAGGAGUCGCCCUUGUCGUUGGAAGAACGACGCGAAAUGGCCAUCCAAGAAGAAGAAGACCGAAUCAAGCAAGAACGCAUCAAGGAGAUCAUGGCUUUGCAGCAAGGCAUCUUCAACAAGAUUCGAGAAGAAAACGAAGAGGUAGAAGAGCAAAGCCAAGAAGAUCUAGAGAGCUCCUUUGCUUGGAUGGACCUAGAGGACACUCUCCCAAUUAGUGAACUGCCAGCCUCGCGAGUCAGUAUGAAUGGAUACGUCGGAAAGAAACCCACCGACGCUUCCAAUUCGACACUCAGCACUGCCGCGACCAGUUACAGCCAAUUGAGCAGUGUCGGACAAUUCAGUCAAAGUCAAAACUGGCUCGACAGUAGCAGCUACCAUUCACAUUCCGAUCGUCGUGUCAUGGACAGCAGCAUCAGCCAGUCCAACCGACAGGUCAUGGACAAUAGCAGCAGUAGCUACCAUUCCACUCGAUUGAUGGACGGCUCCAGUUACCAUUCGGCCCGCAUGGAUACAAGCGCCAACAGCACGGGGCACCGUCUUAGUACAUCCAGUAGCCACCGGAAUGAAGCUAUUCCUGCUCCGGAACAAUCACACGCGAGCUUGAGAGGCGAUUCUGCCCGAUCCAGCUACAUUCGAGGAACAGUCCACAAGAGUACGGCCCACAGCAACUCAAGCCAUCCUUCUCGCAAUACCGCUCGGGGAGCAGGAGGUGCUCUCGCCGACUUCAAUGCACUCAAGGCGGCCGUCGAGGGGGUUUCCGUAAGGUCCUUUGUCUUGGAAGACACCGACAACCGUGCAAGUUUGAUCUCGGGUGCAAGCAACCAUUCCGCAGCGUCCAGCUACAACUUGCUGGGUGGAAGCAACCAUUCCUUGGGGUCCAAUAUCGAGAUCGAGACACCUGAUAAAUGCCGCAGGCGGGCGGCUCUCAACUCAUCGAUCCCAUCUCUCCAGUCAUAUGGAACCGACGACGUUCAGGAACUUCAAGACUCGGACAGCGACGACGAAGACGAAAAGCCAGUGGCAGAGACAAAAAGGCGCACGUCGUCCUCUUCCGUCGUGGGAGCUCUCGCCGUGUCGGGUAAGCAUCCGGCUCUCCUCAAAGCGGCCAAGGACGUCCUCAAGUACGAGGGACCACCUGUGAAAAAUCCCAUGCCUCGUCCGGUACGCAGCGCCGAGCCGACACACCACACGGAGGACCCGGCAUCACCCGGAGCCCGGGAGGUGACCGGAAGACCAAGCCUCAAGAUGGCCAAAGAACAACUCUUCAAUGAACCCACCGCUGAGAAUCAACCAAUGCGCUCACCCUUCUCACGCUUCUCGAGUCCACCAGCAGGAGCCGUGUAUCCCACCGGCAUGCCCCAGCAGCCCCAAGACGCAAGCGAAACGGGUGAUAAGAGAAGUAACCUCAGCAGACUCGAUGGAGCUCGCAAGAUCUCCACCCCGUCUAUUAUCCCAGUAUCCAAGAAAAUGAAUCUGUCUUCUGCAAACGAUCCUGUGUUCCAGCGAAACUUGUACGCAGAUCGCAAGCCGGAUUCCAGAGUUCGGUCGUCUUCUCCAAAGCAAAAGGAAAAAGGAGUCAAGAGCAUCCCGAUCUUCAAUCGCAUGCUGCGGAAAAAGGGCUCUACUGCCAACACAGGGUCGCCCAAAAAGUAGGGAGACUCUUCUUCUUUUGUUGCUGUCUUGUCUUGAGAUGGCAAAUGGCGCGAGGAUGAGUGAGUCGAGUGCUCCUUGGCAAAUGGCAUGGAAAAGGUACUGAAUAAUUUAAACAAUUACAUAUUAUGACUAGGAUUAGUUGCUAGCUCUUCAGCCAGGUAGUUAGUUGGUCUAGCCAAGCUAGC